AUGACCCUAUCAAACUCACAGACUAUAUCCAAACAGUUAUCUCACUACGAGACACAAUUCCAAGUAAGUGACCGUCCUUGCACACGCGUUCUCUAUCACAACAUAGCUGCUCGAGCACUAUUACGCAGCCAAGAACGCGAUACAGUAGAGAUCGCUGAGCAGAAUGUGGAGGAGGCCGGUGCCUUGACAAUGGCGUUGGUCGAGUGUGCUGAGCUGGUUGUGUCGCCUGUCGCCUUCUCGAUGAGUUUGUUGGGCUGGCAGCCCUUUGCCUUUGUGCCACAAUCGCUGCAAAACUUCUUGAGCGGCGUAUAUAUUCUGCUGAUAGUGUCGUUAUUCUGCUAUAACUACACCUAUAACUUUAUGGGCUGCAUCUACAACACCAAAUGCACCGGUUUGGUGUCCAAGUAUAUCUUCCCACCCGCGUUGCAUCUCGCGUCGUAUGUCUUGGGCGUCUACUACUUCCGUAGUAAGAACGGCAUAGACACCUCCCGAGGACUGAUUGAAGCCGUGUUUCUGCAAUCCACUAGAAGUCGAGACAACACCACCGAGUACGGUGACCUGUCACAGAUGCACCUGGCGCGCGUGCUGCGACAAAACCUGUGGUUUGGACUGCUGUGGAUGUGUUUGAGAUGUGGGGCGAGUUCCCUUACAUUCCUGUACUCGCACGAAGUGCGGCUCAUCCCACAUGGCGACCCAUCUCUCAACGACGCCUUCUCUCUGGCCAAGAUCUUCGCGUCGCUCGCGUGCGAUGCUGUGUAUGGGCUGACAGUGACUGUAUACGCCAUCCAUUGCAAACUCAUUGGGUUCUAUGUGGACGGGUGGAGACAUCGCAUAGGCCUCCGGAAGUUCAGCCUGGCCGCUAUGAAGAAGGGCAUUAGAACUCAGAACACGUCUGUCUAUCAUAUCCCUGCACCUCAGGAAGCGAUACAGAUACAACGAGUAGUGGACACGCUUAACGCAGUGCACGAGGACGCUCCAAUUGCCAUGCGAACAUCCAUUGUUGCUGAACUAGGUACAUGGGUGGCUAUCCUUGUGUACACGCUGUAUGAAGCGAGUACUGUCACGGGCAAGUGCUGCAGUAUGGCCAUGCAGGGCAUUGUUGUCCGGAAUGAAGGGUACAUGAACGCCCCCAUGGAAGAACUAGACUCCUUCCUUAUGUUCUUGAACAAUCUUAUUAUGAAGGCGACGGUGUUUGGGGUUGGCGUAAGGUCGAGCAAUCUGGGCCUGCUGUUGCUACUCUCGUCGUUCGUGAUCUUGAUCGGUAAUCGAACGGAUAUGAUUGAGUUGAUUGGUGAGACAUUUAAGUAACUGAUAG